AUGAAAAGACGGAUUGAUGCAGAAAAUGUGCGAAUAGACUGUGGUGUAACUAAAGGAUCGUGGACUUUUCCUUUGUUUUUAUCGGUUUUAGCUGCAACAAUUGCUUCAUUUCAAUUUGGUUAUCACAUUGGAUGCAUAAAUGUUCCGGCAAAGGUAAUAAUUGAGUGGUAUGUCGAAUCACAUCAGUAUUUAUUUAGUGAAAAAACUUCAUACGAAGAAGUUGCGAGAUUUCAAUGUUAUUAA